GAUCAAAGCUUCUUCAGGGCCCAGACCACUGUUCCAAACCGAUACAGAACACCCGACGACAACCUGCAUCCCGUCGACCACAACCCUUCGACAACAGAGCAUGGUUAUCUGGGCGUUUACCGGCGAGAAUGAAUCGCGUUCCGAAGCAGGACGUUCGAAUGUCUGCCAUUGGAUGUGACCAAAACGUCGGCAAAACGGAUCAUACAUCGACGCUAAUACCUACUUGGUAGGUUGGGCCAAGAAAGAUAGCAAUAACGCCUAUAAAAGGCCUCCGUGUUCUUCCAAGCUGACUCAAAGUUCAUCGACAACGAUCCUCGGAACCCAAAGAUGCCCAAAAUCAUUAAUUUGCCCACCGAGGUCCUAGGUCUCAUCGUCGUCGAGCUAAGUCUGGAGCACGACCGCGACCUGGACUAUAACUUCCGCGAACGCAAUAAGAUCCGCAGGAAACACUUGGCGCAGCUGGCAGGAACAUGUCGCCGAUUCUAUGACAUUGUCAAGCCCAUCCUCUGGAGACGCCAUUGGAAGGAGGCCCUGGUGUCCAGUAUCAAAUUCGCUCGGCACGAUAUCAUCGACUUCCUCGCCGACAAUCGGUCCACUUUAGUUUUGGAGGGUUUGGACGCUGGUGCCAAUUGCUUCGAUUACCACUUCAACGACAAAGACCACAACCCUACGGUCGACUACUGCGACGAUGAAUCCCUCGCACUCUCCGAGAAAAAGAACGGCAACAAAAAGCCCGUGUAUCCCGCCAUAAUCGUGGCCACCAUGCACGCCUAUCCCAACCCGGACACUGCGGCCACAGCCAUACACCUGAUCAAGAAGGGAAUGGCAAACCCCUACGUCCCUUCGCGAAACUGUUGCAAGUGCCUGUCCCCGCCCGCUCGUCAUAUCAAUGGUUCCUCCGGCUGGCAAUCCAUGUUGCAUACCAUUCUCUGUCCAGAGAGUAGCUCCCUGGAAUACGCCGCCUUCCUGGGGAGGUACGGGAUUGUGCAUUACAUGCUUCGCGACAUCAAAGACUUUGAUCUCACGCAGGCCUACUGGGGACCGUGUCUGCUGUCCCAGCUUAUCCUUCGGAGCACUCCUAAUAACGGGGCACGUGAGCACCUGUCAGAUAUUAUCGACCUGCUGGUCACAAGGUAUGGGCUGGACGUCAAUGGGGGUCCCUCUUCCGAACGCGGGAUUACUUCCAGGCCACUUCAUCUUGCGAUCUGGAACGAACUUCUACACAACUUCAGGCAUAGCCAUAGCUAUUACGACAACAGCUAUAAUCUCGACACAAUCUCUCAUCUCUUCCGCCUUGGAGCAGACCCAUCUCUCGCUGCUCCAAAUUUCGGGCCCGAUCGUCGCCAUCCUCCCGGAUCAACGUUACGGCCAGUCACGGCAAUGGGCGCCUUUCUGUUAGUCUGGACCGAGCGGCGAAUCAACCCGAAGCAUGAACCUUGGAAUUGGCGGCCAAUGGCAGACCUUCUCGUAUCCAACGGAGCCAGAUGUCACUUUGAUAGGAACUGGGAAAGCCCCGGACUUUUUGAUUUCGAGUACUUAGAGUCCAGUAGGGAUUCUUCCAUUUAAGAACUGCCUUGAGGUUGGGUUCAAAGGCAUAAAAAAACGCUUGGACGCGUGAUCGAGUGUACUCAAGCUGUGAUGUACUCAGUACUGACCGUGACUUGUUCGGUUUAUUCUUACGACCAUCCGGGGAAGUUUGAUAACUUG